CUGGACAACCAGGCUCGCUUCAACAACCCUGUUUUUCUCUCUAACUAUCUCCGUGUGGAAGUGACGGGAGCCCUAGCGUCGGAGCGUGGAAUUGAGAAAUUGAAGAGAAAAUGCAGGUCUCAGGUGCUAUCAGCGAUGUAUUGGUGGCACUGCCACCGUCGGGAGGUAUCCGGCUGCCUGAAUUUCGACAUUUGCAUACCUUUUCCGACGCCAAAAGUUUCCUUUCCGCCGGCCUUCUCAAAAGCUGUCCUUCAAUGGGCAAUUCCAAGCUUUAUAAACUAUACAACUGCCGAUCUAGAGGCUUAGUCCUGAAAGCAUCGGCUGAUGCAAAUGAUAAUUCGGUGCCUGUUGCUCCCCUUCAAUUAGAAUCACCAGUUGGUCAGCUUUUGGCACAAAUCUUGCAAACUCAUCCUCAUCUAUUGCCCGCAGCCAUUGAUCAGCAACUUGAGAACCUUCAAACUGAUGAAGAUGCCCAGAAAGAAGAAUCUUCGGCUCAAGAUAUUCUUUACAAGAGGAUAGCUGAAAUAAGAGAGAAAGAGAAGCGUGCAACAUUGGAAGAGAUUAUAUACUGCUCUAUAGUUCAGAGGUUUGUUGAAAAAGGCAUUUCAAUGAUUCCAAAAAUAUCAUCAACCCCAGAGCCGACUGGCCGAGUGGAUUUCUGGCCAAACCAAGAGCAUAAACUAGAAGCUGUUCACUCCCCAGAGGCAUUUGAGAUGAUACAAAGUCACCUAUCUCUUGUCCUAGGGGAACGGCUGGUGGGUCCUCUUCAGACAACUGUUCAGAUCAGUAAAAUAAAACUCGGUAAGUUGUAUGCUGCUUCAAUAAUGUACGGAUACUUCCUCAAACGAGUUGAUGAACGGUUUCAACUUGAGAGGACUAUGAAAACCCUUCCUGAGGAUUUUGGUAAAGCAGAUGUAAGCUUCGAAGAACCAUCACCUUACAGGCUCUGGGAUCCGGAUUCGUUGAUCAGAAUCCCUGCAUAUGAAGACAAUGAUAGCAUUAUUGAGGGAGAAUAUUACAUAGACACUGGCGAAGCCAAAACAUACAGGCUCAGAUCUUAUGUAAUGUACUUGGACGCAGAGACCCUGCAGAGAUAUGCAACCAUACGUUCCAAGGAAGCUAUAUCCUUGAUUGAAAAGCAGACUCAGGCCCUCUUCGGGAGGCCAGACAUCCGAGUCUCUGAGGAUGGUUCUAUUGAGACCCCCAAUGAUGAAAUGCUUUCCAUCACUUUCGCUGGUCUGACCAUGCUGGUUUUGGAGGCGGUCGCCUUUGGAUCAUUCCUGUGGGAUGCAGAGAGCUACGUUGAAUCCAAAUACCAUUUUGUUAACAGCUAGAAUGCCAUCUUUGUAAAUCUUUCGACUGCACAAUGUAGAUUGUAAAGCAUAUGAAUGUAAAUGUAAUACAGGGAGCAUAUCUAUUUUAUGAUACUGCUGAACUCAAAGAAGACAGCAUGGCGUAUUGCAAGGAAAAUUGAUGCAACUUGUAAAUAA